AAUGCAAUAGAUUACAAUGAGAUACUGUGAGUGCAGAAAGUUGUCUCAAGUUGACAUGAUUUUGUGCACUUUGUUUUGAAAAAAGCUAUACUGAACCUGCUUCUAAAACUGAGCAAUUUUUUUAUUCCUCGCGAGUGGUGGAACUGGAAAUGCCUGGGGCUCGUAGCUACCGUCAGUUAGGGUGAAAGGGCAGAGCCACACCUUGAAUUGCCUGGUUACUCUCUGUUUUAAUUCACCGUUCAGGAGGGCAACAGGAAACAUUGCAAAACGGAAAAGCCCGCAGUGUAUCCGCAUCCGUCAAAAAAAAGAUUUAGGAACUGGGGAAAGGGAACAAUGAGGGCGAAUCGGCAGCAAACUAACGGAAAAAUAACGAAUCACAGAUGGGACAGCAAACUAUUUUCUUAUUCUCGAUGGGAAGUGAAUGACUCUGUCAAUGAUGAUGGUUAUUACCUACUGCAACCAUGUCAACCACGUAGACAUUUCAAAUGCAAAGACCUUGAUGUGGAAGCAAUUAUCAUUUCUUCACAAUUGUCAAAUUCAGCACAUGGUUCAAGUAAAGAAAUUGAGUCGUGUAUGAAUGAAGAGUAUUUCGCUGGCCGGAAAGGUAAGCACUCCCCUUUGCAGCAAAUCACCUCCAAAGAUCUGAAUGAGUAUGCUACGAAUUCUCAGAAUACAACUGAACCAAUUUCCAGAAAAUGUACAACUGUACCUUUGGUGAGAAAGCUUAAAAGUGGGCAGCAAAAGAGUGAUAUUCCAAAUGCAACCUGUUCUGAUAAUAAGUGUGCAAAUCCUCUGGUGCCCAUACCAAACCAUGUGCAUCAUGGCAAUGAGCUGAAAGGUCAGGCACAAGUAAUGCAGUCAAGAUCAACAAUUUCUGAGUGUGAUGAUCAGGAGAAUAGCAGCUACUGUAAAAACUCUUCCCAAGCUUGUGAACUGUCAACAGCAAAGGAACUUCUGUUUAUUUCGAAAAGUAGACUAUCCACCCAUUCAAAAAUUGAAAGGAAAAAUAAACAUUCAAAAACCUGCAGUGAAGAAAAGAGACAUUGGAAAGAAGAGCCAUUUCAAGUCCAAGCUUUAUCCAAAAAAUCUGUUCACUCAAGGAUGUUAAACAAAUUUAAAAAUGGCAUUGCGUGUAGCACAAUGGAUAAGAAUAAGGAUGGCAGUUGUAUAAGAGAAAAUCUGAUCAACAAACAAAUCAAUGGAAAAAGUACUCCAGAUUCAGAUAACUCUGCAGUAGGUUUAUCAGAAAGUUGUCUUAAAGUAUGUUCUUUACAACCGACUCUUGACAUGGCAAGAGAGGAUAUAAAUGCGCUCUCGUAUAAAUCUGGCUGUGGUAAACAUGAUCACACAAGUGAUUUUCUCCAAAGCUUAUCCAAAGAAGGAAUGGAAUGGAAACGUCAAAAUUAUCAGCCUGCUACAGUCACCCUGAUGGAAGAUAAGAAUUCAUCAGCAGAAGCAUCAGAAUUUAUCACAUUGUAUGAUCAACAGGAGUUUCAAGGAACACAGUCUGUGGCUACAGGAGUUGUUCUUCCAGCAUUCCGCCAGUAUCCUUUCCAAAAAACACUUCAACGAAAUAAGCUUCAAAGUCAAGCAAAGUGGCUCCAAGAAAAUAAUUCUAUUAAAAUGUAUCAUUGCACUUCACGCACAUCAGAUGAGCAGUCAGUUCAAAACAUAGCAGAGAUGGCACCAUCUGAAAAUCAUAUCACUACGGCUCAAUUAUUGCACACUAUCAGAUACGGAAUGCAUCAAAAUGAGGACAUAAUCCAAAUAAACAGCCUUUUAAAGGAAAACCACAGAACGAAAGGAAUGAACAGCAAACAUCUCGAAGAAGCCUUAAUCCUGUACUCACGAAAGACAAAGGAAAUGCAUUAAGCUGUAAACAGAUAACUUCUAAAAAGAAAUGUUGUAAAAUUUCAAUUUUUUUUCAUAAACAGUUCGAUAAUUCCAUUUCAUUAUACCAGUUAUUUUUAAAAUUUCCCAAUGAUAGGAUGGCUUACGUGUGUAUUUUGUGUGUUUUACUAAGUGACAUGUGACAUCAAUAUUAAUACAAAGGAAGAAGAACAACAUUAAGCAAUGCAGACUUUACCUACGAAUUUGGGAGGGAUAUAAGUUUUACAAAAAAACUUUGCAAUCAUUAUGCAUUACUAAUCUGCUUUGUAACUCCUGUUUCACCUGUUUUUUGAAUAAAAUCCUGCUUUACUGUC